AUGAAGGAGCUCUACCGAUUUUGGGGGUUUUUCUUGUUGGACAAUUUCAACUUGACCGUAUAUCAAGACUUCCGAGCACUCGCGCUUGAGGACGCUUCGGCAAAAAUCCCUUUGACAUAUGGUCUCGACAAACUUGUGAGGUAUUACGAGGACGUUCUUGUGCGAGGCAAGGGGCGAGUGUGGGGCGCUCGGGAUAUCUAUCCUGAGGAGUUCAACGCUCAUUACGAUGAGGCCAAGACCAUUGCCAGUCGUAAUGGAAACGCCAACGGCGAAGUGCAAGCCUGA